AUGCAAGACUCGGCUCCAAGAACUGUUAAAGCUGCACAACGCAAAACGCUUAACGACGACUGGCUCAAAAGAGUCCUGAGGAACAGAUUGUCUCAGCUUUCCGCCCAAGAACUAUGUUCUGUCGAUCGACCAUCCUCUUCAUCAGUUUCUCCCGCAUCGUCAGCUUCAUCUUCUUCGGGAGAAGCGUCUCCUGUUCUGGAAGAUACGUCUAAUGCCGUGGAAAGCUCAGUAGCUUCAAAACCAUCAGAAAACGUGGUUUCAGGAAAACCACGAUCUUCUAAGGGAGCAUUGGAACCUGAGGAACCUUCCAAUGACGGUCAAGGAAUUGGAGGUAUGCUGAGAGAAUCAGAAAGUUUUCACUUAACCGGAGAUACUCAUUCAAGCUCAAUGACUUCGAAAGAAUCAGAAGACGUAGACGUUGAAAAACCGGGAUCUUCUCAGAGCACAUUGGAGCCAGAGGAACCUUCCAAUGACGGUCAAGCCACUAAAGAAUCAACAGUCUGCCACGUCCAGACUCCAAGUCCGGAAAGCAACAUCGCUGACGAAAGGGAAAAUCAAAAUCAAGUAAUCGAGCCCGCUCCACCCGCAAUCAAUCUUGAAACAGUGAGAGACGCGACAGUUAGUUCCGAAACUAAUGAUGCAUCUGGAGAAGAAAGUGGCUUUGUUCAAGCCGCCGAGGAAAUGGGACAGUCUACUAGUUCUCUGGAAGCUGCACCUGAAGAUGCUCCACCUACUCCAACGGCAGAAUCGGCUGAGGCGGUCAACAAUGAAGUUGUGGAGGUCAUUGAAAAACCAGUCGAAGUCUUUGAAUAUCAUGACGGACCUCGCACCAGGUCAAGAAGCCAGAUGGAAGCUGCACGUCUGGCACGGAAUCCAGUUCCACCAGCUCCUCAAGGAAACAAUAAGGAAGCACCUCAGGGACAGAACCUACCCGAACCAGUCCAGGAGCCUGUUCGAUAUCAAAUCGUGCUCGGGGACGUCACUAGAUACUUCGCCGAAAGUGGGAGGAGAAUUUUGGAAGCGGGAUGGAAGUCCUUCGAUCUUCCCUCCCAGCUCCUCAACCAGGAAGAACAAGUGGAGGAGCGACUGGAAGAGAUUCAAGAAGAAGACGAGGGAGAGGCACCAGGACAAGAACGUGGCGCAGAAGAGCAUCAAGAGCUCGAACCGGAAGUCUUCUCACAUUUUGUCUAA